CAUUCAAUUGUCGCAGCUACACUAUCCAGGCAUCUACCACGCGCGCCAAUCACACGCAGCCCUGCCCGGCCCCACCCCGGCAACUUUUUAUUCAUUCAUUCCCUUCCAUUCUUCUCCCUCCCAGCGCGGGGGAUAUCUCUCGUACCGCAAUCCUCACCGCUGCUCACCAACAGGCCACACACCUACGCCAUGCCGCACCCCUGAACAACGCCAUGGCUCCAAUUGCAAUGAGCAACCUAUCCAGCAACUGGAAGAAGCUGCAGCAGACUCUGAAAGCUUCCUCCGCGCCUCCAGUAAAGAAACCAGCCGACGGGCAGGACGACAAGCACUCGCUCAAGCGCAAAAGACCAGACCACCCCAAUGGACAGUCCAAAAAGAACCGCUUGAACGCCCCAUCCAAGCCAUCUCCUCACCAACAGCCUUCAUCCCGCAAAAGACAAAAGAUGGAGGAACCACCCUCGGUGGGCGCAUCUGCCAAACUCCACGACUCCAAAGCCCUCUCACGGAGCACAUCCAUGCCCUCUUUAAAACAUUCCACCCUUUUGGCCUCGUCCAAGAAAGCAGCGGAUUCAAUCUCCGUUCUCAUCCCUUCAUCGGAUUACCCAGAUGUUGAGAAUGAAGGCGUAUCCGUGCUCGCACUCCCGGGGAAAUACAUCGCCAUCGACUGCGAAAUGGUAGGCACCGGGCCGGAGCCGGACAAGGACUCUGCUCUUGCCCGCGUCUCCGCCGUCAACUUCCAUGGCCAUCAAAUUUACGAUUCAUACGUACAAGUCAAAGUCCCUGUGACCGACUACCGCACUGCCAUCUCCGGCAUCGAACCCAAGCAUCUCCGCAAGGAUGUCGCCCGCCCUUUCAAGGAGGUUCACCACGAUCUAGGCGUAUUGCUUCAAGGAAGGAUACUUGUCGGGCACGCUGUUAAAAACGAUCUAGACGCUUUGAUCCUCAAGCACGACAAGCGGUAUAUCCGUGACACGUCCAAAUACUCAAAGUUCCGCGAGCUCGCCAUGAUCCCUGGCCGGACCCCUUCGCUUAAGAUACUGGCGGAGAAACUGUUGGGUGUCGAGAUACAGGCAGGCGCGCAUAGCUCGGUUGAGGACGCGCGCGUCACAAUGGCACUGUUCAAGCUUGAAAAAGAAGGGUUUGAUACCGAGGUCAUUGCGAGAUACGGCCAUAUCAGGACGGAUGCUGUAGGUGCCGACGUUAGUGUCAGGGUCAGUGAGCCUGCGAAGCGGAAAUCGAAGAACAAGAAAAAGAAAAAGAAGAAGCACUGA